CUAUGUCAGUGGUCAGUCACGUCACUUACGGGAGAACGUUCAACAGUCGACACAAAGCGCACAAUAGAAUUUCGCGAACACUCGCCAGAACGCGGAAAUAAGUCUGUGCGAAACCCCAAAACAUUAAGGUUUUAACGUUUUUUAUUUUUAUUUAACUUGAUUUCCGUGAGUUUUUCACCUUUUACACGACUAUUUGCAGUCAUGGAAUUCCCAAAUUUAGGUCAGCACUGCAGCAAAGAUACGUGUAAACGUUUGGGUAAGUGAUCGUUAAUACUUACACAUAAAAAUUAAUACUAUAAUAAUUGUUUGUACAGUAUUUAAAAAUCAUAAUUGGACUUAUUACCUAAAAUAGCAACUUGGUCAUAAACUCAUAAGACAACGGGAUUAGAAAACUGACAGUUAAAUGUGGCGUUAUAACAUACUUGUUAUAAGUCGAAGGUGAAACAUUGCUAAAAUAUCGAAAUUAAUAACGAUUUUAAAAUGAUGAAAAUAAAAAAUCUAUUACACCUUAAUUUUAUUGAACUUUACUAAAUUUUUUUUUUUUAAACCCAAAAGAUAUAUUUCAACUAGUGAUGUGAUAUAAAUCCGGAAAUCGAAGAAUCUGAAUUCCAUACCUCAAAUCACGAAAAUUGUCUAGUUCGUACUUUAGGCAAGUCAUUUUUUGAUUUUCCAAGCAGGUUUUCAUUAUUAUUGGGAACGAACGGACAGACAUUUACGGUGUAAUGAUGUCAUGAUUUUACAUUAUCGCACCUAACUAAUGUUAAAAAAUUGUAGAAACUGGUAUUUUUUACAAAAUACUAUAUUGGCCUUUUGUAGACGUGGUCAAAUUUUCAAAACACUCUAGCUAUUUUUAGUUAUUUGAUAAUUUUGUGUUUUUAUAUGUAUUUUUGUUUAGUAAGUAUCUGUGAUUAAAAUUAUCACUCUUAUAUGACUUAAAAGAAAUUUCACUGAUUUUGGAUUUUUUGAACUUUAAGAAAUCCGAAUAUUUCCUACCACCAAUUUCAAUCAAUAUUUCUGUACUUCACCAAUUUAAAAAAUAAUAAUUGUUUUAUAUUUUUGUUUUAGAUUUCUUGCCUGUAAAAUGUGAUGCAUGCACAGGUAUAUAUUGGUAAGUUCUAAUAAGUAACAUUUUUUUAAAAAAAAUUUUUGUUUGCCUAUACGUUCUAAGACAAAUCUCUGAUGACACAGCUCAAACCAUAUGAGUUAUAGUAGUCACCAAUGUCAAUCCGCUUACAAAAAAAGUGUUCAAGUGCCCAUGUGUCCAUUAUGCAACAAGCCUGUACCAACACCUCGGGGACAAAAACCGGAUUUUAUUGUUAGCCAGCACAUUGACAAUGACUGUCGGUUUACUGCGGGUAAAAAGGUAAUGUUCACAACAACAAUAGUUAUAGUGAAUAAUUUGUUAUAAAUAUUUAAAUUGCAAAUAUGAAUUCAAUUAUUUUUUUAUUAGGUGUUUACAAAUAGAUGCACGGUAGUCAAAUGUCGUGGAAAAGAAGCUGUGCCAGUGGUAUGCAGUGAAUGCCGUCAAAACUAUUGCUUUAAGCAUCGCCAUCCUUUAGACCAUAGUUGUGCCGGUAGUGUAAAAACUGUUCAAAGAAAACUGCCGUGAGUAGAUAUUAUUUUUUUUUUUUUCAUCUAUACCUAUAUAUUUAUUUAUGUUUAGAGAUGUAAAAGGUUUCUUUGGAACCAAUGGAAUUAGUAAAAAUAAAACCUUUACUGCAACUGCUAUACAAGGGAAUAUGGUAAUUUGAAUUAAAAUAUUUAAAUACUUUAAUGUUUUAGUAAUCUGUUCUAAGUAAAAGAAUUAUAAUUAAAUAUUUACAUUUUUUUAAAAAUUAUAUUUUCAGAGUGAAGAUGAAGCAUUGGCUAGAGCUUUAACUGAAUCUGAACGCUUGACAAACAGACCUAUUGAGAACCCGCAGCAAAGAUGUUCGGUUUCAUAAAAUUGUCAAUUAUUGUCAGUUAUUCCACAAAAUUAAAAUGCACAUUUUACAAUAGUGCAUGUUUUAUUGUAAUAUUUUAAAAAUUAUCAAAUUAUUAAGACAUAUAUCUAAUCUAUAUUAUUUCUAUUUCUUUCUAUUAUUGUACCAUUCCACCAAAAAAAAUUUGCAUUAAUGUUUCAUUUUCAUAUUUUAUAUAGUAUUUAUAAGCAAAAUAAUAACUUGAAUAAUUUCACUUAACAAAAUAAUUCAAGGCUUAUAAAGGGUAUGUCAAUUUCACAAGAAAUAAAAUUAUCCGUCCUCGUUUAUGUUCACAUUUUUUAAAAAUAUAUUGCAGUUUGAUUUGAAGAAAAGUAUUAAACGGAAUAUUUUAUUUUUUUUGUUUAGAUUAUUACCAUUGAUUAUAAAUUAUUGCAUUUAUAUAUUUAAUUACCUAACUUACAAAUUUUGUUGCAAGAGCACAAGUUGAAAUUGAAAAUAAAAUUUGUGUAUGUAAACUAAACUAAUUAAUAGUUAAUUUUAAAAUAUAAAAGGCAAUCAUAUUUUAUAAAAAUGUAAUUUAAAGGUUAAAUCUAAGUUAGUAUAAUGGUAUUGAACAACUUAGAAACUGAAGAAUGUAAUUUUUUUUGUGAUAGGCGAGUUUGAAGUGGAGAUGAGUUAGCGCAAGGGAUGGUUAAUUUCAUGUAGUUUGUCAUUUCUACGGUGAUUAACACAUGCUUAGAAUUGUGUUUCACAUAUAAUCUUAAGAAAAUUUGUUAAAAGAUUUUUGAACUCAAAUUACUCUGCGAUAAAUCAAAAUAUUGUUAUUGUUUAAAGCUAUUGUACGCAAUUUUUUCAUCAAAUUCUUUUUCCUUCUGUACCAUAUUAUGUUAUUAUUAAUAGGCCAUAUACAUACAAACUUUUAAUAUUUUUAAUAAACAACAAAAUAACAAAGACAUCAACCACAUAUAUUUUACCUAAAUUUAUUGUGUUCUUUAUAAAUUGGUUUAUACAUUUUUUUUUAUUAUUAUUAUUAUUAUUCAUUAACAUAAGACUAACAUGCUCUAUAAUAUAAUAUUAAUAAUAAAUGUAAUUUAUGAUAAAUGUACAAGACAAGUAUAAUAUUUACAAAACUCGUUGGUUUGGCUUUUUUUCUUCUUUUAUGUAAAAAAAAAAAACAAACAAAAAUUACAUUUUGCCACUACACAUUGUCACAUAAAUUUUAAAAAUGUCUACAAUUCAUUCCUAUAAAAUAAAAACUGUUGUAUAAUGUUUUUCUUUGUCGUUUUUGGCUUUAUAUUGUACUGUCGUAAAAUGUAUUCUAUAUACUAUAUAAGAUACAUUAAAAAAAAUUUAAUAAAAAAAAAAAUGCAUUUUGGGUCUUUCAUUAGUAAUCCUAAUAAUGAAUAAAGUAAUUAAAACACAUUCUCAGCAACGUUGUAGUAGAUACUAAUCUUUUUUUAUAGUUUGAGGAGCUUCUGCAAGACCUUUGACCUAAA